GCGAGCAUGCAGCUGAUACGGGAGCAUCGGCUCAAACGGCACCGACGUGCCCGAAGCAGUAGCAGCACCAGCGGCGCUUGCUUGCUUCGACUGUGGCCCGGCCGGCGUAAUCGAAAACAGCGAGGCCUCUGAAGCAGCGUAAGGCUGCAGCCUAGUGGAACGACGCGGUCUGCGAAUUCAGCAGCCAUACGCAACCGUGUAACGCUGUUUCCAGCUACCAGCAUCAUGACUAGCAGUCCGGCCACACGUCAAAAAGGCCUACCGGUAACAUACACCUACCUGAUCCCAUCAUCGCCGACCAGCCCGCACCCGUGGCACAAGGAACGUUCCCCGCUUCCUACGGCCCAGCGAGACGACGCUGGCUGCCUAACGUGCCUCAUCUGCCAAAAGGAGUUCAGCAGCAAGUACGACUUCGUCAUACACCAGAGGCAGCACACGGGCGAGAGACCAUUCCAGUGUUCCAGGUGCUUCGAGUCAUUUGCUUCGGCAUCUGCUCUGCUUCUGCAUCGGGGCAGCGUGCACGACAGUCGGUCCCCAUUCCGAUGCACCUUCUGUGGCCGCACCUUCACCGGAGGCGAUGCCUACUCGCGUCAUCUGGGCCGACACCGGCGAACUGGCUUCUUCUUCCGGUGUUCGUGCAAGAGACUCUUUCGCGAUGAAGAGGAGAUCAGGGCACAUCUGGCUGUGCAUGAGAGUGGCAAUGGACACAAGUGCCCAUGUUGCCGAAGGGUGUAUGAGUCCCUUCUUGCACUCAGUGCGCACUACUAUUCCAAGCACGAGAAGGCCAGCAACACAACACAGACGACACCCCCACGACGCAUCCGCCGGUGAUCAUACAAGCGACACAACGUGUUCUGUGUGCCUGUGUUACCCGAUCGCUCUUGCAGCAUUGGUAUGACUUGUGUUAUGUAACGUGCCUUCUGUGAAAGCCUAUGCCUGCUUUCCACGAAAGCAGGAGCACCCGUUCUAAUGUCCUGCCACAAACGCCCCUCAACCACUAUACCUGUUGUGAAAGCCCACUGACAUUAGGAAAGCCCAUUGACGCUAGGCCACGUCACUUGCAACAAUUCUUCCACAUGACUACCAGGCCUUUUGAACAACACCCAAAUACAAGAGCACAUGAGGUUCCCAGUGAAACACAGCAGGCCUUCAGACUUGCCAUUCGGCACAUCAUUCCUGUCUGAAACUCUUACGAACUUUAAAUGACCUCAAACACACGCUGCAUGAACGCAGGAAAUGUCAGGUCCCAAAAUUACCAGUGUGGAAUAUGCAGCAGGAGUAAAGUUCUAGCGCUCAAGGCUGAAGAACAAGUGUUUGUUGAUAUGUGUAUGCAUGCAUUUUCCAACGAACAUUCAUGUGCUGAAUGCUAACUCGUAAAUAUGCAAUAAAGGCACCAGCCUUCCUGUGCAAUUCCAAGUGCACCAGCUUUUUA